UCUUCUCUUCCUUCGACCUUGGCCCAAAAAACAAAAGCGCGAAGGAAGGAAGAAAAAAAAAAAAAAAACCAAACCCUUGACCCUAAAUUCUUCGACCACGACGGAGAAAUCCAUGGAGAACGCCGCCACGUUCUCCGGCGUCCGCCCCAGGAGGUCCUUCAGCGCCGGAGCCUUCUUCGCUCCCUCCGACCUCAGCGACCUCGCCCUGGUCCAAACCCUAGCCUCGUUCUCCCGCGAUCUCGUCACCUCCCACUCGAGUCCCGUCACCUCCUUCCCUUUGCAGAGGAAGAACGCCCGCUCUCUCGUGCUCAGGGUGAGGGUCCUCCUCUCCCUGUUUGAGUUCUUGGUGGAUUCGCGGUCGCCGGCCGGUCUCCCCUCGUCCGCCAAGGUCUGCUUGAAAGAGCUCUACAUCUUGAUCUACAGGUCGAGGCACCUCUUGGAUUACUGCUCGGAGGGCAGCAGGCUCUUGGUUUUGCUUCAAAACCCCCAAAUUUCCGCCAAUUUUCACGAUUUGAAUCAGGAUGUCGCCACGAUUCUCGAUGUUCUGCCGAUCGGAGGGCUCGGCCUCGGCUCUGAUCUCAGGGAACAGGUCCAGUUGCUCCAGCGACAAGCGAGGCUGUCGAAGUUGUAUGUAGAUCCCGAGGACGAGUUGCUCCGGCUACAAGUCGUCUCUUUUCUCGACGAAUUCGGAGGAGGGAGAACGCCUGCUCGCGGAAAUCUCGAAUUUGCGCUUAUCAAUCGGUUAGGGAUUAAAGAUGCUCAAACCUGUAGAUCGGAGAUCGAUUUCCUCGAGGAGCAGAUCUUUAACAACGACGAAGACGCCGCCGUUGGUCCUUCAGUUCUCGGCGGAGUCAUCGCCCUCACUCGGUAUUGUAGGUUCUUGCUCUUUGAUUUGGCCGAAGAAAGCAGAGGAUUGAAGAGCAGAGCUCCUCCUAAGAAGAUUGGAGACGUUUCGGUUACAAUUCCGAAGGAUUUCUGCUGCCCGAUCUCGUUAGAUCUGAUGCAAGACCCGGUGAUCAUUUCGACGGGUCAGACUUACGACCGCUCAUCGAUCUCUCAAUGGAUUGAAGAAGGGCACAACACUUGCCCCAGUUCUGGCCAAAUCCUUGCACAUACCCAAUUGAUACCAAACAAAGCUCUAAGGACCCUAAUUUCUCAAUGGUGCGCCGCUCAAAGAAUCCAUUAUGAACCUGCGGUAGGCUCUGAUGCUUUAGAUGAGAACGUAGCCGCUGCUUCUUCCAGCAGGGCAGCGAUCGAAGCGAACAGAGCGACAUCGGGGAUCCUGGUUGGAAAGCUGGUUAACGGGUCCGAAGAUGAGAUAACCACUAUCGUUAAAGAAUUGAGACUUCUUGCUAAGAACGGUGAUGUUAACCGUGCUUGCAUCGGCGAGCAAGGAGCCAUCCCGCUCCUUCAGAAGCUCUUAUCCUCGUCAAACCCUAAAAUUCAGGAGAAUUCAGUUACCGCGAUGCUCAACCUCUCGAUACUUGAUAAGAACAAGACUAUAAUCAUGGAAGAAGAAGGGUGUUUGAGAUCAGUUAUCGGUGUUUUGAGAAACGCGUCGACAAUGGAAGCGCGAGAGAACGCGGCAGCUACUCUGUUUAGUUUAUCAUCAGCUCAUAACCUCAAGAGAAGGAUCGUAGACGAGCCUAAUGCGGUCGAGGCGUUAUCGGAGCUAUUGAGAAACGGAAGCGUGAGAGGGAAGAAGGAUGCUGUGGCCGCACUUUUCAACCUAUCAACGGAUCCGGAAUGCUGCGUCGAUCUGAUGGAGUCAGGGGCUAUUUGGUCCUUGGUGCAGGCGUUGGCGACGGAGGAAAUCAGCGAGGAAGCGUCGGGGGCUUUGGCGUUGCUCGUGAGACAAAGAACCGUAGCAGAGAUCGUUGGUAGAGACGACGUGGCCGUUAAAAGCCUGGUGACGUUAAUGAAGAGGGGGAGCCCUAAGUCCAAGGAGAACGCCGUCGCAACCUUGCACGAGAUAUGCAAAAACGGAGGGGGGCUGACACGGAAAAUUGCGAAAACGCCAGCAGUCAGGAGGUUGAUCCAGACGUUGUUGCUGACGGGGACGAAGAGGGCGAGGAGGAAGGCGGCGUCUCUGGUUAAGAUGUGUCAGAGAUCGGAGAUGGCAGUGUCGACGGGUGGUGAGCACGCAAUGAGGCAGAACUCGAGCUUCGCCGGUGGGGAUGUAUCGGUGUCUGUUGCGGUAUCUGUGCUGUAGUUGGCAGUUGCAGCGGUCUGUUCGGUUCAGUGCAAAUUAGGAAGGAGAGUAUACACACACAUUCGUUCAUUUUUUUUCCCCGUAUCGUCGUACUUAGCUGUGGUAUUUGUUUGGUUCAGUACAGUGUAAGAGAGUAUAUGCUCACAUUCUUUCAUUCUUUUGAAAUAAAUAAAUCAAGAUAUAUUGCGUAUCAUAUUGUCAAAUCAACCUGCUAGCUCAUUUUGUAUAAAUUUGGUGCGUGAA